CCCGCGCUGCCGGGGUGAAAGCGACGCCUUGCAGGCUGGCUGGGCUCGGGCUGCUCCAGAGCGACCGGUCGGCUCGCCCGCUCAGCAAGGGAGCCUCUCCUGGCAGCAGACACAAAGACACUGCAGCAGAUCUGCAAGCACGUCUGCUGCUGCAUGCGGCUGGGAAACUUCUGGUGUCUCAGUUUUCAUUUGGAAAAGAAGCCAAGAUUGAGCCUGGAUUCAGACCAGCUGUGUUUUCCAUAGCGCCUGGUCUGCAGCGUCUCUCAGCGGAGUCAAGGCAGGGACAUCAGACAGCUGUCUUGGGUGGUCCUGCUUCAGUCAGAAGGAUGUGUCGCCCAGCGGGAUCCUGAAAGACCGUUUCCAAGCCUUCGGAGUUUGCUCUUUAAUCAGACCUGUACUUCUGUGACAGUACUGUCAACAGUAAACGCAACCUGGAAAAAGACCUGCGUCAGGAUCCGGUUCUAAAGGAGUGUUCGCCGGGGUUUCCCAGGGUCCGGCAUGGCGUUCGGCUUCUCCCAGGACCAGGUGGCGUGCGUCUGCGAGGUCCUGCUGCAGCGGGGCAGCGUGGAGCGCCUGGGCCGCUUCCUGUGGUCGCUGCCGCCCUGCGACCUCCUGCACAGGAACGAGAGCGUGCUCAAGGCCAAGGCCCUGGUGGCCUUUCACCACGGCAGCUUCCGAGAGCUCUACCAGCUGCUGGAGAGCCAGCCCUUCUCCCCGCACAACCACGGCUACCUGCAGCAGCUGUGGCUCAGGGCGCACUACCUGGAGGCCGAGAGGCUGAGGGGGCGCCCCCUGGGGGCUGUGGGCAAGUACCGCGUCCGGCGCAAGUUCCCCCUGCCGCGCACCAUCUGGGACGGGGAAGAGACCAGCUACUGCUUCAAGGAGAAGUCCCGCGGCGUCCUGAGGCAGUGGUACCUCCACAAGCCGUACCCCUCCCCACGGGAGAAGCGCGAGCUGGCUGAGGCCACAGGGCUGACCACCACACAGGUCAGCAACUGGUUCAAGAACCGCAGGCAGAGGGACCGGGCCUCGAGCUCCAGGGACAGGGAGAGGGAGAGCUCCGGCCAGCCCUGCGGCUCUCAGCAGCGGUCCCCCGCUGACCUGGGGCCAGGGUACCCCAGCUCUGAUGACGACCUUUCACCUCCACAGAGCCCCCGACUCCUGUAUCCCAGCCUGGGGCCCCCACCCCCACACCGGCAGCACCUCCCACCCGCGCCCCUGCUGGGAGUGGAUCUUGGAGACCUGGGGGACCCCUGAGCCAGGGGAGACGCUGGGGCGCAGGUGUGGGGGGGCCUCCCUCCCCCCCGCAGUGAAACUCGAGCACAGUCUCAUCGGCGGCUCUGUGGAAACCUCACUGGCAACAGCCCAGCACCCCUCUGUAUUCAGGGCCCUGGAGUCCUGUACCCAGCUGUCACUCAGAGAUUCACUCUACUGUCUUACCCCACAGUAAAACACCUUUG